AUGGAUGACUACCAAAAAUCGAUUCAUUUCAACGUCAAUGGCAAGGAUAUUAUUGAAACAAACGUGGACUCAGAAAUUUCUCUAGCCUAUUAUCUACGGAAUAAGCGUGAGUGGAGACCAAGAAAUCGAACUAAAAUGAAAAAAAUUAUUUCAGUAGGAUUACGAGGGACAAAGUUGGGCUGUGAAGAAGGCGUUUGUGGAUCGUGUACAGUGGUUUUGGGAAAGUGGAAUAAGGAGGAAAAAAGAGCGAGGUUUUGAAUUUUUGAUUGAAAUUGGCAAAAAAUAGUUGUGAAAGAGCCGAUUUUUCCUUUAUGCGUUCAAAAUGGGAAGAGUUACUUUUUAGAACUUGAUUUAAAAUUCACUGGUCGCGUUUGAAAUGGCUCGAAGCGUUGCAGUUUGAAGAGAAAGCGUGAAAGUCGUUUUGGGUCGGGUGCAUAUUAAUAUGACUGCCACUAGUUGAGCCAUUCCAAGUGCGGUGAGACAUUGAAAGAACUAUAAUUAAGAAAAGAGGUACUUUUCUGGAUUUUCGCCUUUUUCGAAAUUUGUUUUUUACCAUGAUUCCAGGUACACCUCGGUCAAUGCUUGUCUCGUACCUCUGUUCCAAAUGAAUGGACACUUUAUUCUGACUGUUGAAGGGAUUGGCGGGAAAGAAAAGGUUCAUCCGAUCCAGGAACGUCUCGUGAAAGGACACGCUGUACAAUGUUUAUUUUUUUUUUGAUUUAGAGCUUGAAAUCGUCUAUUUUCAGGCGGAUUCUGCACGCCAGGCUUCGUAAUGUCUGCCUAUGCACUUUUGAGGAAUAAUCCGAAUCCGAGUUUGGAAGAGAUCAAUGCUGCCAUAAGAGGCGAGUCUUUUUGAUUAAUUAGAAAGUGGAAAUUACUAUUUUUCCGAUUUUUUCUGUUCAAAACUCUUUCGAACACAAUUUCUUGAGCUAUCUGCUAAAAGCUUUGAAGUAUCACGAAGCAAAUUUCUUCUUUUUUUUAUUAAAUUUUGUCCGAUUUGAAGCACAGAAGCCUUGUAAUCUAUUACCUAAUGGAUCACAUAGAAAAGGGCUCUUAGCAUCGAGAUCUUUUGAAAACGUUGUAUGCUUCUUUGAACUCUUUAAGUUCCGAGACUUGGCAAAUUUGACUUCUGAUUGAAAAUGCUACUUUUGAAAUUUUCGAAAUUUUUUCUGCAACUGAAAAACGUUUAUUGAAAAGUGCUAGAACUUUAAGAUUUUUUCAAAGCUUUAUUCUCAUUCACAGUGGUCAAAUUCGUGUAAAUUUGACCUUAAAUUUAAAAUUUUCCGCACCGUUUUAUGUUGGAAAACUUCAAAAGUACAGGAAACCGUUGCCGCUGCACAGGAUAUCGACCCAUUCUCGAAGCUUUGUACUCAUUUUCUGAGGAGAGUGGUUGCUGUGGUGGAAAUGUAGCGUUGAAAGUAUAGAUUUUCGAAAAAUCAUAAUCAUAGAAAAGCGGUGGCGGAUGCUGUAGAUCUCAACAGACUACCGAAGAAGACGAGGAGAAGCUUCUGACUUUUGAGGAUUUUCCAAAGUAUGAUUCCACUCAGGAAAUUAUCUUCCCGCCUUCUUUAUUGGUAAGUUAUUUUUAUUACAGUAUUUUCUUUAUUUUCAAUCCUAGAUGAGAUUUUUAAAGGAAAUUUAACUUUUAUGCUUUUUUUUUCCAAGCUAACAAUGUAUAUGAAACUUCAGUUUUCUGUUUCAAGGUGAGGAAAGAAGCUUCGCCUAUAAUAUUAAAAGGUCAAAACGUCGACGUCUUCUUACCUAUCAAUACCAAAAGCGCUGAAAAUUUCUACCUGGAUAAAAUCAAAGAUUCCAAAAUUCCAGUGAAGAUUUUGGGUUCAGGCCUGGUCACACGAUUGAGUAGGCUUUUUUUUUAAAAUCUUUCAAGCCUCAUAAAAUAUUUCAGCUUCUUCCCGCGGCUUUGACAAGGAAAUAUGGAUCAGUCCGAAUCAGUGGAAGGAAUUAAAUAAAAUUGAAACUACUGAGAAAGAGGUUUUCAUCGGAGCGGCUUGUUCUAUCCAAGGUAAACAGCUCAAAAUAUAAAAAAAAACUUCAUCAUGUUCAGAACUUCUUGACGCUCUACACAAAUACUGCGACUCAAGCUUUACGAAGCCUAUUCAACACCUUUUCGAUAGCUAUUCGUCUCCCCAAACGAGCAACUUUGCGGUUUUUUUUUACUUAGAAGGCCAGAAUGACGCGUCGCGGUCGCGUUGCGGUUACCAAACUUGAUGGAUUUUUUCGCUACGCUCUAUAGGAAUAUACGGACAAAUUUCGAAACAAAACCUUCUAGGCUUUUUUCUUGUGAAGACCCUUCUUAAGGGCAGGAAAAAGUGGUGAGAGGAAAGGAAAGACAAUUUACAGGAAAAGUGUGCUUGAAACCCGAAAAAGUCCUUUCGUUCAAAAAAGUAAGAAAGAAAAGAGAUCUCCGUUUUUAAUGGUCUGCAACUUUUUACGGACUUUAAAAAAAACUUUUUUUUUCUCCUCAAGAUCUUUCAAACGUUGCCUAUGCUACUAACGCACUCAACCAUCCUAAAACACAGGUGAACUUCGCUCUGAGUCGGGCGCAACGUUGAAUAUCUUUUAAAAUUAAAAUGCGACCGCCAAGCUCCGUGAGACAUUCUAUUUGAAAAAAAAUUGAGACAUCCUCUACAAAAAUACUUUCAGACCUGGUCCGGAGCCAUUGUGAAUGCGCUCAAAAAGAAGUCAUCAUUGAGUGACGUCCUCACUUUAUUCGUGGCUUUGAAUUGGAAGAUUCUGAUUUCCUUUUUUGAUGGGGAAUCACCGUCAAAAUUGACUGUGCUUGAAUAUUCGAAGCUGAUCGAUGAGGAAAAGCCUUCCUAUAUUAUUGGAGUCGAAAUCGAAAGGAAAGAUGUGGGUUUCUGAAUGGUGAAAAUGGACGGCUUUGGAAAUAUGUUUUUAUUCGAGUUUUGCUAUUUUUCUUUGGUUUCGGUGAGUUCAAUAGAUAACCGGAAUCAUCUUCUCAACCACAAUUUUGAAUCCAAGUUAAAAAAUGCUGAAAAAAGUAUGCGAAUAAAGUUAUAGGCUAUUAAAGAGAAGGAUCUAUGAUUGAAAUGAAAAAACCUGUGGAGGCUGUAACUUAUUUUAUAGGGGACUGAAACAUUUUUUUUUUGAUCACAGCUUCGGAACUAUUAUGAGAAAUAUCAAUCUAUAAUCCUAGUUACUUCACUUUUUUUUGGAUCUUUUCUCUAGGCUAAUUCGAAUCGAUACCUUAACUCAACAGAAAAACUUCAGAAUCGCAAAGUAUUCACUUUCAAACAAGGCGAAGCUGGAGCCUGUGAUUCGACAGUUGUCAAUACGGUUGCAGUCCUGGAGAAUGAUUCAAAAUUGACUUGUUUCAUUGGAAUAACUGGAGGCCUUCCAGUCGGAAUACCUGAGCUGCAGGAUGCUUAUGAAAAGUGGGGAUCUGUGUUAAUUUGAGCAAAAGCUGUUAAGAAAUUAUCUGAAAAUCCCAGAAUCCGAAGCUUAUCAGCCUUUAAAAUGACUUGAUUUUUAUUUAUCUAAAGAUUUUUCAACAUCCUUCCCUUGUUUGAAAGUGGAUUUUUUGAACCUAAAUCAAGAAUUUCAGAAAACCCUCCGUAGAACAACUGAUUGAAACCGCACUUUCCAAUGAGAAAAUAAAGAAAUUUAUUGAAAACUCUGAGAAAGGCGCCUUUAAAUAUCGCCUAACCGUUGCUGCACUUCAUCGACUCUAUAACUAUUUCUUCUCUGAAAAAACUGAAAAUGUCCAGACAGAGAAGUUCAACUACUUGCAGUACUUCAAGGUAACCUUUACAUUCUGAGAAAAAAAAAAUACUUCUCAGCCGGCAAGUGUAACGGACGCCAAUAAAAAUGUCUCUUGUGGAAGGCCAUUAUCAAAUUAUUUCACAGAUAAAUGCGCAACUGGUGAAGCCAUUUAUGUGGGUGACAUCAAAACGAAAGGUGAAACUAAAAAAAUUAAACUGAAAAUAUCUAUAAAUUCAGGAACAGUUCAUUUGGGAUUUGUACUAUCCUCAGAAGCCCGAGCGAAAAUUGAAAAAAUCGAUUAUUCGGAAGCUUUGGAGGUGCCUGGGGUCAUUGGGGCUUAUGAUUAUAAGGUAAACUAUCAUUAUUUUUUUAAAUUUUUCGCAUUUGGAAUGGGUCGAAGCGUUACGCUUGAAAGCCCACUUCACAAUUGCAUGGCUUUCAAAUAAGCGAUACAAUAAACGCAAGUCGUUUUGGGUCCGGCGCGCGUACUAAUGGUUCUGAUCUAGCCGCUGAGUCAUUCCAAUUUAGCCGCUGAGUCAUUCCAAUUUUUCUAACAGGAAAAUUUGAAGCAGAAAUAAAAAGUUCCAGUUUUAGGCCUAAUCGCUAUAUUUUUAUUACUUCCGAAGUUGUGAAAAACCACUGGAAACAGUAAAGUCUAAAAAAAGUCAGUUAGAAGAGAGAAGCAUAAAUAAAUACUGAAAAGUGUUUCAGAGCGUCAAAGGGACAAAUCAACCAGGAUUGGCUGCGACUAACGUUGUCGCCGAUGAUACUCCUCUUUUCGCCGAAGGAGAGGUCAAUAGAUUUUUUAAACUCAUUUUAACAACUUUUUCAAGUUCAAACCAUAAUCUAGAAUUUUACAAGAAUGGAAUAAACUUUUUACAAACGAUUUCUUCGAUUUUCCACGACUUGAGACCCUUGUUCGCAACUUUUUGUACUUAUUCCGGAAAUGUGAAGCUCACGAUUUUUAAUUUCUGAGUUUUCUGAGAAGAAUUCUAAUCAAUAUUUAAAAAUGCCCCCAUUCGGAUGUUUUUUGAUUUUUUUUUACGUCUUUUAGGCAUCAAAAAUUGAUUUCUAUGAAAAAUUUGCAAAUUGUCAUAAAUCAACCGUAUCCCUUCUAAUGAACCUAGAAAACAGGAUCGAAAAAUAUUAUCUAUAAUCUGAAAUUCAGGUCCACUCGGUAGGUCAAAUAGUCGCUGUGAUUGCUGCUGAGGAUCUCCUGACAGCCCGAAAAGCAGCGAAAUUGGUGAAAAUCAACUACAAAAAACUAUCAGCUGUCAUAAACUUACAAGUCAGACAUUUUCCGGAAUAUUUCAAGAAAAGAUGGUUUUUUAGGAAGCCAUCAAAACGAAUUCUUACGUGUCGAAAGAGCAGAUUUAUGGGAAAUCUUCGGAAGAAGUUGAGGCGGAAAUGAGCAAAUGCUCGAAAAUUUUGGAAGGUUUCGUUAGUCUGAAACUUUCUGAUCGCGUUUGGAAUGGCUUGACGCGUUGCGGUUGCGCUGCGGUUUCAGUUAUAAUUUCAAAAUUUUUCUUCUUUGUGAGCCAUUCUUAGAGCGGAAAAUUUUCAAAAAAACUUCGAAAUCUUCCAGGCACUUGUCAUGGAAACGGACAGGAGCACUUCUACCUGGAAACCCAAGCUGCGCUGAUUUUACCAGGAGAAGGCGAUGAGAUGUGAAAUUUUUAAGGGAAACUGAGGAAAAUAAUGAGUUUUAGGCUUGUGUACACCUCUUCGCAGAGUUGUGCGGUGGUUCAAAACGAAAUCGGAAGCGCGUUGAAAAUUCCAGCCAAUAAGAUUGUUGUCAAGGUAAUGAACAUGAUAUUUUGCUUUUCAUGAGGAUUCAUGUUAAUUUCAAUCAACUCAAAAUGGAAGUAGUUUGGGUGGAAAAAAGCAUUAAAUUGUGUUUUUAACAUGACUUUACUGUCACAAAGUGUAGGGGAGCGGUGAUCUUCAAAAAUUUUUUUUUAAAAAGCUUUCUGUCCACUUCAUCAUUUUUUUGUUGAUUUAUAGAAGUUAUUUUUAGAAAUUCUCAAAGAAAUAUUUUCUCCAACUCUGUUACUCCUCCAAAAAAAUGAUGCAUUUCUAAAAUUUUUCAUCAAAUUUUUGGACUUUGAAGCUUAAAAAGCAAUGUAGUAUUUGUCUCUCAGACUCUUAAAAUUCAAAAAAAAUUGAAAAAAACAGAAUUUUUUUGAAAAAAAUUCAAGUAUCUCAACGCCUUUGAAGCCAGGCAUCCUACGAAAGGGGACAAUUCUCUUUGUUGAAUUUUUGCGGUUUCUAAGAACUGUUGAGCGUUCCUAGGCCGAAAAUUGAUUCUUUCAGAACUUAAUCAAAACCCUGUAAUCCUUAAAAAUCAAAAAUUCAUAGACAAAACGUCUCGGCGGUGCUUUUGGUGGCAAAUUGACCAACGCCGCUGCAAUCGCCGUGAUUGGAGCUGUAGUUGGGCACGAUUUGAAACGUCCAGUUUCCUGUACAUUAUCCCGUCGGGAUGAUCUUGUUUCGACGGGAAAACGUCACGGAUUUUAUUCGAAGUACAGGUGAGUUGAAAAAAACUAUUGAAACUUAUAAUAAUUUUUGAAAAAAAUGCGACUCAAAACCGACCCAAUAAAAAAAUCAUGAAAAGUUAAGAUUUCUUUUCUUCAAAUUCAAAAAGUCACUUUUUUCCAGUGAGAUUACGAUGAAUAAAGCUUGAUGAGUUUGAAAAUCUCUCUCAGAUUUUUUCUAGGUUCGAUAUUUUUUUUAAAACCGGACCCUAAAAACAUUAUGAAGAUCCUUUUAAAAUUAAGAUCUAUUAUUUAUUAACUUGUAUAAAGGAUCGGAAUCAACGAUGAAGGACGCGUUCAAUCAGUGGAUUUGAAUAAUUACGUCAAUUGCGGAUGGUCCGUUGACCAUUCUGAUGGGGUUUAUCGAAAGAAAUAAGAAGCUUUAUAAAUCCUCAAUACAGGUAGUUAUGGUGAUGACCUCGAGAAUGGACGCCGUUUAUGAUUUUGGAAUCGCUCGAGCCAUUGGACACCCGAUGAAAACCAACACCUGCAGUAAUACGGCUUUUCGGUAGGAAUUUCUGCUCUGGCCUGUCUGCGACCUCUUUCUCUCUCGUCAAUUGACAGAAUCAAGGAGAAAGAGAGCUCAGGCAAAAGUGAGGAAAAAAGAACAAUUUUUCAGAGGUUACGGUCAUCCGCAAGGUUGGCUUGUGGCUGAAGGUAUGAUGCGUAGGAUCGCUAGAGAGGUUGGAAAAGAUGUUGAAGAGGUCGGUUGCAAAGAUUUGUUAUGAGGAAAAAUAAGCCGUGCGGCAGAUAUUAUUGAAACCAUUCCAAAUGCGGUCAUCUUCUUAAAAUCUAGAAACACUUGUUUUCGAGGUCAAAGAGCUGAACUUCAAUCACGAGGGAAGGAAAACUUUCGCUGGAGCGACGAUUAGAAACGACGCAAUGUUGCUCUGUUGGACGGAGUGUCGUUCGAUGAGCGAUUUUGAUAAUCGAAAGAGAGGUGUUGCUGAACUUAACAGGUGAACAUAUAAAUUUGAAGAAAAUUUAAUCAAAAAAAAUAUGUCCUUUAAAGGAAAAAAAUACUCUUGAGAAAUUCUUGACCACUUCAAAAUUUUGAUUAGCCGGAAAAAUGAUUUUUCGAAAACCCUAUGGGUUCUUGAGAGUACCAGAUAGUUUUAUAGGAAAGAAACUUUACUUCACCCAAUUCUGAGCAUUUUAAGCCGAGAUAUGAAUUUUUGAAGUUUCGAGUGACGAAAUGGACGCAAUCUAAGGAAAUAUCGAUUUUUGGAGAGCCCAGUAUGUUCUUAAAGGUAUCAGAUGGUUCUAUUUAAAAAAGGCCCUCUGAACACGAUAAAACCUUUUACUUUGCCCGAUUCUGAGCAUUUUGUUCAAAAAAGAUUUUUCAGAACAUCGAAAAAUGUGAAAAAAGGCAUUUCAAUGUCUGCCGUGCGGUACCCACUGCCUCAGGCCGGUGUGAUGGCUCAGGUUUGUUGAUCAACACAUUUUUUUUGAUCCUAUUAAUUCAAAAAAAAAAUCAUAGAAAAAAAUAAAUUUGGAACCAUGUGGCAGCUAAAAAGCAAAUAUUCCUCAGACAUCGGCUCUGGAAGUUUUUGGGCAUUUCUAGGGAUCACUGAAGAGUGCUGAAGCUACUAAAGCGGUCACUAGAAAUGCCCAGAAAAGUCCGUUUUGCGUUGCCAAUGUCUGAGUGCAUGAUAACUUUGCAGGGAAUCGCGACGGUGCAAAUUUUCCUCGACGGAUCUAUUGGCCUGUCGAUCGGAGGAAUCGAUAUGGGCCAAGGAUUGUACCAAAAGUGUGUCCAAGUCGCCAGUCGAGCUCUUGGGGUAUAUACUGGGAUAUAUUUUUUAGUAUGUUCGUUUCCCUCAACCUUGGAAGGAAGAUGAUUAUGGCAAAGCUAACUUUUCAGUUUAAUUUCAGAUUUUCUACUUCCGGUCUUGCUUUUGAAGACGUUUCUUUCUAUCUCGGACCUUGGUAACGCGAAUCGGAUGUGUCAGGGCACCACUUUAGUAGCCUCAGCACUCUUAAGUGAUCCCUAGAAUCGCCCAUAAACGUCCGGAGCACGUCCGUUUCGCGUUACCAAUGUCCGAGAUUUCAAUUUUGUUUAUUCGAUCCUUUUCAGUCUAAAUAUCAAAAAUCUAGGAAGACCACUAAUUUAUCGUGAAAUUCGCAUGUUUGGAACUCGUCCAAACUCUGUAUCCUUGUUUUAAAAAUAUCAAUUUUUAAAGUUCACUCUUGGCAGUGAGCCAAGCCAUUACUCUAAAACUUUGGAAACUAUCAUUCCCAUAAAUAGUAAUAUUCUGAACUUUAUUACUUUAUAAGGUUGGUUGGAAACCUUAACUUUCCUAUGAAUCAACUGUCUUGUCAUUAACAUUUUUUUAUAGAGACCCGUGGAAAGCAUAACGGUCCAAGAUACGAGUACCGACAAAACGGCGAACGCCGUUGAGACUGGAGGAAGUCAAGGAGCUGAUGUCAAUGGAUUGGCAGUGAUUGUGAGGAUACGUUCAGUUCAUAGUUCAUUUAUCCUCUCAUCAUUCCUUAACAGUCUUGGAAAGUAAUCGCUGAUUAGCUCCGCAAAAGCAAAAAUUUUGAGAAAUUUUUCUCGUUAGAGCGAAGUUUCUAGGGUUUCAGAGUUUUUUUUUAUCGUAGGAGGCUAUAUCUAAUUUCUAAGUGAGUGGAAUAAGUACUCAAAAUUUCAACCAGUUUUAGGCCUGUUGCGAAAAGCUGCUGACCAACUUGAAGCCCUCUUUGGAAAAGGCAAAUGGCCACUGGGAAAAGGCCGUUCUGGCGGCUUACAAAAAAUGCGUCCCUCUUCAAGUCACCGAAUAUGGGUUGUAAGUUUCUCUGAUAUAAAAUGAUAAAAUUUUAUUUUUCAAGGACCGAUCUGGAAAAAUAUGGAAUCCCUCAUGGAGAAGCGCCGUACAAUACAAGUGGGGCAGCAGCUGUUGAAGUUGAACUCGAUUGUAUCACUGGACUUCAGAAAGUAUUUUUAAAAUCAAAUUCAAAAAGAAAAAUCGGAAACUAUUGUUUUUGAUAUCUUCUGUCUUUAUCAUCGAUUAUCGAGGCUUAUUUUUCGUAAAAUUUCGUAAAGAAGCUAAAAAAUUCUAGAAAACUUCAAGAAUUCUUCAAGAAUGUGAACUAUAGGCAUGAAGAAUCAUUUAUGAAGGAAAAAAGAUUUCUGUGCAUCUUGGAUAUUUUUUUAAAGAAAAUGACCAGAAAAUUCAAAUGAAGAGAAAUUGAGAAAGCCAGGAAAUCUGAAAAUCUACAAAAGUAUUGAUUGUUAGAUAUUCAUGAAAAAAAGUCCAGGCAAUUUUGAAGCAGGAAGAUUUGAAUAAAGGAGGCUUAAAAUGAGAUUUCUCCAGGUUUUUUUGAGCCCAGAUUUUUAAUUUUUUUAUUCUGAACUGCUAUAAGGCAAAAAAAGUCGAAAAAAAUUCUCUUUAAAAAAAUGAUGUGAUCUUAUUUCGAAAAAAAAAAAAACGAUUUUCAAGCUUGUCCGCGUUGAUAUCGUCGUGGAUUUGGGCGAAAGUUUGAACCCGGCCAUUGACAUUGGACAGAUUGAAGGCGCUUUCAUGCAGGUGACCAUCAAAAUCAAUAUUUUUUCUUAGAAAACAAAAAUCAAUAUUUUGAGGGCUAUGGCUGGAUGACGUGUGAGAACGUGGAAUUCGAUGAGAAAACUGGCGUUUUGAUCCAAAACACGGCGAAAAAGUAUAAAAUUCCGACGGCUGACAUGGUGCCGCCAGAUUUCCGGAUCAAGUUGAUUGGUGCUAAUAAGAACUUUGAGAAGCAGGUCUACUCGUCAAAGGUGAGAAAAUUAUAGGAGAAGGUCGUUGAAACGGGAAUAAAACUCGAAGAUUACGUGAACGUCAAUUAUUUUUGAAAAACGAGUAUUAGGGCUUUUCUAACCAAGGUAAGUAGUAAGUGGAUUUCUCAGAUUUUUAACUAAUGAUACUACAAAUUGAUUUUUGAAGAUAUCUCUCUGUAAAUAGAAGAAGAAAGCUUCAAAAAAAGAAAGAGUGAAAUUGACAAAGUUGAACAAAAAAGCCUCUCUAAAGGACCAUUCGGUGGAUCUACUGCGCUCCAUAGAUAAUUCUCAGUCUUAUUCAAUUUAGGUUGAAUUUUUAAGCUUGGUUCUUUAUCAAAAAUUGAAUUUACUUCGAAUGUCAGACAUAAAAACUUUUUUUGAAAAUUAUCUAUGGAGCAUACAAUUCAAUGCGUCCUAGCUGUUUAUAGGCUUUUUUGGCCAUGUUAGCAUUUGACUUUUUUGCCUUUUUUUUCCUACGUUUUCAUCAUUUUUCUUUCAGUUUUGUUUUCAGGGCGUCGGUGAACCACCUUUACUGCUCUGCGUAGCCGUCAACACAGCUAUUCUGAACGCCAUCGAAGAUUUCAGAAAACAGAAUGGCCAAGAAAGUUUCAUCGAAUCAUUCAGUCCUCUGAAUACUGAGAACAUUUUCAAGCUUUGUUAUGGUGAUUUGUAGUUUUUUGAUGUUUUUUGUAUAAAGAAGACGUUCAUUUUUUAUUUUGUAUUCUGAUGAUUUUGUGAAUAAUUUUUUAAUUAAGAAGUUAACCUUUUAUCAUUUUAAACUCGACUUGAUAAGAGCUUUUUCAAAGAAACUCCGUUGUCAGGUCCCCAUUCUUAUAACUUCUUUCGUUAGAUUUUUUUACUUGAUAUAUGUGUUUCUUUUUAAAAAAAGACUUUUGGGACUCAGGACGGACACAUAUAUACUAGAAACGGCUAUAUAAGCAGAAUACAAAGUUUUAAAAUUAGUAAGACCCAUGAGAUCCAAAAACCUCACUCCGAGUUUCAGUGAAACCACUUGAUCAACUAGGUCUGAACAUGACACCGGAGCAUGAGGACCUCCGUACAAUUGCACAUAUAGUAUGCACGUAAUGCAGUCGACAAACAGUGAGCCCUUGUUGUCAUGUCCGUCAACUGCGACUUUGUCAAGCUCUUGACUCGAACCGACAUGCCACAGCUCCUUUCCCGUCAUGACUACUUUCAUUACCCUCCUCCAGCUACCCUGACUACUACCACAGACGCCUACAAGCCCGUCCCUUACUUUGACAUUGUUAGUUUAGCAAAUUUACUAGGGAACGUUUUUACCCCCACUGUUGAAAUUUUGAUGAAGUGUUCUUUAGGAGCUCCUGAUUUCGAAGCGAGAAGAAAGUUCCUUUCAAUAGAUCUCGUUUCCGAGUUAUGGAGCUUCAAAAGUUUGAAAAAAUGGUUUUUUGCCACCAUAAUUUGCUUAUUUCACUAUCUUUGAAGCGUUCUAACUCGAAAUUCAUAUCUAUUGCGAGAAAACUUUUUCUUGUUCUGGGAUCAAGGGGUCCUAAAGCCCACUUAAGCAAAGUUUCAUCAAAAGUUCAACCCAAGGAGGGGGGGGGGGGACAAAGAAGCUGCGAAAAAACGAUGAAAAAUCAGCUCAAAAAAAGGAGAUUUUUCAGAUCAAAAAUAUUUCGAGGAAGGUUUCUCACUUUUUGAUCUGGAAUAUUCUGGAAACUGGCCAAAAAUUUUCUUUAUAUGGUAGUAACUUGAUGCAGAUCGAACUCGCGAAAACUCCUAGUUUUCAGGAAAAAAGCUCAAGUUCUCAGACAAGCUUUUCCUUCAAAUUUUGGGAACCUUUUCGUAGAAGAACUACUUUAACUACGUUUAUAAACGCCCUUUCUCAACUCAAGACUCAAAAAAGUUUAAAUUUACAGAGAGCCGUGGAAUGGGCCUUAAUUUUUGGCGUGGCGACGGUUCUUGGCGUCGGGAUGGGCGCCAACGACAUUGCCAGCUCUUUUGGAACCUCCGUCGGAAGUCAUACGGUCACCCUGACACAAGCUUUGAUUCUAGCGACUAUUUUCGAAAUGAUGGGCGCUUUGAUUGCAGGUAGAGUUAUAAGUUCAUUAAAAUCAGGCUUUGGUAGAAGGAAAAAAUUAAUUGACUUUUCCAAAAUUGUUGAAAACUGGGUCAAAAAUCGUCUUUUCAGAAGUCGUUAUGAAUUUUUAUUGCUGAUGGGACUCAAUUUUAGAAAACUUAUUUUUUAAUGUUGAAACUUAAAGGUCGUUAAUGAGUGUAUUCCUUAACUAACUAACUUUUUUAGGAUUCCUCGGAAACAUGGUAAAAACCCUAGAAGUCAUUGACGCUACAAUGUAUCAGGAUCAUCCGGAAGAGUUGAUUUUGGGCCAAGUCGCUACUUUGAUCGGUUUUCUUUUUCUGAAACCAUUCCAAAAACAAACUAAUUAGGGUGCGCGAUUUGGCUGAUGAUAGCGACAAUUUACAAAAUCCCAGUAUCUGCGAUUCACGCGACUUUGGGUGGGAAUAUUGGAUUUUCGUUCGUUUUACGAGGAUUCGAGGGUAUUUCCUGGUGGCGAGUUCUUGAAACUGGUCGGUUUUUUUAUUAACGAGUUUCAUGGAAAAUGAAAAGCACGAUUUUUGAAGGUCAUCAAACUUCAGAAAUUGAAUUUUAGCUCCCUUCAAAAACAAGGAAAUUAUCUAACGGGAAAAAAACCACUUGAGUGGUCACUCAGCUUCUCCUAAGAGGCAACCCUAGUAAAAUUUUUUAUUCAAGAGAUCUUUUGAGGUUUCAAAAAGUGAUAACUUAAGGAACCGCGAAAGAAAUAAUUUAAAAAUCCAUCAUUUAUUCAACUUGAAAAAACAAGGAAGAGAGUUUUAUCUAAAAGUGAUCACUUGAGUAACCUUAUCAAAAAAAUUUUUUUAUGUUUUUGAGUUUUCUCACUUAAAUGACAACUUGGAUUUUAUUUUCAUCAAUAGGGCGUGAUUUCCCCAAUAAUUCUUCAUUUUUCAGUCAUUGUCUGGAUAUUCGCUCCAUUUGUUUCUGGACUCUGUACAAUUUUCGUAUUUUAUGUCAUCGAUUUUACAGUCCUCAGGAGGGUUAGUUUUUUUGGAAAAAUUACUUUUUUGGGUGGUGAAAAAACAUUAAAAUUUCCUUUUUUUUUCUCUUCAGAAAGACCCGAAAAAAGCGGCUUUCAACAUGCUUCCGGCCUUCUACUGCGUCACAUUUUUCAGCAACAUAUUUCUACUACUAACCGAUGGUUCUAGAAGUGAGAAUUCCUUUAAAACGCCUAUUUUUCGCUAAAAAUCCAUUUUUAGUCGCUGGUUUCAACGACCUUUCCACUGAAUAUAUAACCGCCAUUUCUUUGAUUUUCGGUGGAGUUGCUGGACUUGGAUGUAUGAUAAUUGCAGAGCCCGUUAUGCACUACAGAAUAAAACGUGAGUCUCAAGUUUCCAUCGGAAAAAAAAAUGAUUAAGCGGCCACUAACUUGACUGCUAUAGUGACCUCUAAAAGUACUAAAAUGGUCACUUUUAAUUUCAGGUGAUAAAAAUAACGGCUUAUUUUUAUCGAUGCAGAAAAAUCGGUCAAAUCGUGAUUUGGAGUGGUUGAAGAGGAAAACAGAAAAUAAAGGAUGUGAGUUUUUUUUUUUUCAAGAAGAGAAUUUUAUGAGCUCUACUUGAAAAUUUUUUAAUUUCUCUCAAAGAUUUUUUUUGAAUCUUCAAGGAUUUUUCGAUGUAUCUUGAGAACUUCCGAAAUUUUCUUGAGGCCCUAUAUUUCUCACAUUUAUCUUAAAAAUAAAUUGAGAUUGUCUCGGAGCGCUGGCCUGGCUUCGAACCUCCCAAUCGACUGAUGAUCAGACGGCCGUCCGACUUUUUUCCUUUCUACAGCUUACUGUAGCUUGUUUUUCUGCAUUAGCCUAUGGCGCUGAUGAUAUUGUGUAA